AUGUAGCAUAACGUUAGCUAGUUUGUUUAUUUAUUCGCUGAUCAUUUGAAGAUCAAUAACGUUAUUUACAGGUUAAUAGCAACUGUGAUUUAAAUAAGAUUACUGUUAAAGUCUGUACUGAGACAGCCCAAUGAAAAGAUCGUUAAGGGAGUGUCUUUAAACAUAUGCGGUGGGACAUAACGUCGAGCUCAGCGCAGGGGUUUGCAACAAUUUAAGACCCACCAGAGAUUGACUGGCUGGAACUUAAUACUUGACAAGCGUUGUUACGUUCUUGACAUCAUGAAUUUUACACAUAGUAAUUAUGUCAGGACAUAUGCAUUGCAUUGAGAACUGCUCUAAAGCGAGUAGAUGACUACAUUUGCAUAUCAUGAAAAUGUAUAAUUGCACGUCCCUUAACAGGCUAAAUUGUUUAUUCUUAAAGGAUAAUAAUGGCAGGGCAUAGUGUUUAAUACAAUAUCCAAUUACACUACUCGUACCAAAUAACACUACUCGUACCAAAUAACACUACACGGAGAGUCGUUUUAAAUUUUUCAUUCAAAGGCCCACGAUGUGCAUUCCAACAGCCAUCUAAACUGCGAAAAAUGUUUCCGCAAGACGGCAACCAUGCACACAAUGUACUUUCAUCAUUAAACCAGCAGAGGACGCUAGGGCGGUUUUGCGACGCCGCCCUGGACGUUGGCGAUGGGGUCGUGUACAUGGCCCACCGCAACGUCCUCGCCUGUUGCAGUGAUCUCUUUCGAGAAGAUGACUACCCAAGCAGGGAGGUUCGUCUUACCGACUGCCCUAACGACGGGCUGGAGCUCCUGCUCAACUUUGUCUACACAGGAGAGCUAAAGCUGGACGCCUUGAACUUGGAUAAGGUGCGGUGUGCUGCGGUGUGCCUGUGUGUGCCACAAGCACUUGCACUGUGUCAGUCCUUUAGCGAAAGCUUAAGAGAACCCGUGCCAGUGAAGCGCAAACGAGGAAGACCUAAGAAGGCCAGGGAAACAAUUGAGCCAUAUUCAAUCCAUGAAGAAACGGGUGCUUAUGUGCCCAGUGCAGAAUCAUCCACUUCCAGCCCCCAUGACAAUGUGACCACAAAGGUCACCACCAUCACACGCUCGGGACGCAAAGUCAAGUGCCCUCGUCGCCUGCCAGGGGAGACCUGUGAACCUCCAGCGCGGGAUAACGGCAGCACAGGAGCCCCGCAUGUCAGCCCGGUGGAUAUGAGCAAUCACUGUGCACCGAUUGACCGGACCCCCGUGCAUUCGAGCAGAGAAACACAGAUGUCCGAGGUCCAGAUGGACUUCACGGACGCGCUGGGUCACGACCUCCAUCAGGAGACGGAGGACGGGGGCGGCGGUUUCGAUGCGGUCGACGAAGACUCGGACGAGGAGUACGUCCCCGUCGCCGAGCCGAGUGCAGUCCCGGUGUCGAGUGGAAGGAGUAAAGUCCCCCAGAAGGCUGAGAAGAAGGAAAACGGCGAGGCCACAGAAGCCGACCCCAAAAAGCCGUCGGUGCAGUGUCCUGUUUGCAACAAGACCUUCCGCAGUAAAUACUACCUCAAGGUUCACAACAGGAGGCACACAGGCGAAAAGCCCUUUGUGUGCAGUAAGUGUGGGAAGCGGUACUUCAGGAAAGAGAACCUUCUGGAACACGAGGCCAGAAACUGUUCCAAAGUGGUGACAUUUUCUUGCACUAUAUGCCCCUCGGUGUUCAAGAGAAAACAGGAGUUUCGUUUACACAUGAUCUCCCACACAGGAGACAUGCCCAAUAAGUGUACGUCAUGCCCUGAACAGUUUAUGCAAAAGAGGGAUCUGACGAUGCACUUGAUCAAGAUCCAUGGCUUUGCCAAACCGCACGCAUGUUCCCAGUGCACCAAGGGCUUCCUGACGCGCACGGAGCUGCGCGUGCACGAGGCCGCAAAGCACCGGGGGGAGAAGCCCUUUGUGUGCGAGGAGUGCGCCCACCGCGCCUCGAGCAGGAACGGGUUGCAGAUGCACAUCAAAGCUAUUCACAGAAACGAGAGGCCGUUCGUGUGCAGCUACUGUGGCCAUGCGUUCACCCAGAAGACCAACCUGAUCAUGCAUUUGCGCGUGCACACUGGUGAACGGCCGUAUCAGUGCCAUCUCUGUGGCAAGACCUUCAGGACGCACGCCAGUCUAGACAAGCACAACCGGACCCACACGGGUGAGCGCCCCUUCGGCUGUGAGUUCUGCGAGCACCGCUUCACGGAGAAAGGCCCGCUUGUUCGCCACAUCGCCAGCAGGCACCAGGAGGGGCGGCCUCACUGUUGUCACAUAUGUGGCAAAACCUUUAAAGCCUUGGAACAACUUCGAGUUCACCUGCGGCGCCACAAGGGAGUGAGGAAGUUUGAAUGUGUCGACUGUGGCUACAAGUUCACCCGACAGGCUCACUUGCGACGUCACAGUCUCAUCCACAAACGCAUGGAGAACUACAACCCCAAACAAAGGAAGCUGAGGAACCUCAUCAUAGAGAGCCAGGGCGAGGGCGAAGCCACGCAGUCCCCCAAGGCAUUGACGCUGAGCGCCUCGCACGACCCCCUGGCCCUGCCGAUCCAGGAGGAUCCGAGCCAGCAGUUGUCCCUUCCGGACCCGGGCCUGGACCCGGACAGCUUUGUUCCCGUGGUGGUGAUGGAGGACGGGGUAUCCAUUAGGGCCCUGGUGGUAGGGGACGAAUGCCCGGGGAACAUCGUCCCCGUCUCGGGGGUCUUGCAGCAGACUCAGCUGGAGCCAGGCUCGUACACCACGGGGGUAUUGGAGCGGAUUGGAGAGAACCUAGCAGUGCCAGAGCGAGAGCUGAAGGAGACAUAACGACUGACACGCUCAUGAUCCACGUACAGCGAUCGGAACGAUCCGUCCCCCAUUCCAACCUUCCUGAAAAGUGUGGUUGAAAAGCAUUUUGUAUGAGCAUGUGUUAGCAUAAUCAAGAGUUUAAACUAUGAAUCUAAUCUUUGAUGUUUGGGUGUUGACAUGCCUAGUGUGGAAGUAAAUGUCUCUAAAUAGAAGGAAAAAAUAAACCAUUGCUUUAUUGGUUGUUUAGUAUUAAAGACAAGAAAGGAGUAACAUGGGGCGCAAAUUCGAAGAAGAGGAAAUAGAAAUCGGUCUUAUCGGCUGCAACAAAAUCCUUGGUCAAGAUCAGUGACCUCACCAAUCAAAAACUGAUCAUCCUGGAGCAUAAGAGGCUGUAAGUUAUUUGCUCAUUUAACCUUGUCUUGUUCACCACAGACCAUGAAUUAGAUUAGUGUAGCUUGACUGUCAAAAGCAGCAAAACAGACAUGAAGCAGCAUACUACACAGACUGGGUUUUAUUUCUGCUACCCUUCGAGACAUCAAUGUUACACAAACACAUUACAUUCAGGCAACGAAGGAUAUAUAUAGGAAAAUAGCUUAAACAAUACUAAUAUAUGUAUGAAAACAACAUAACCUAUUAAGAAAAGUGUUACUUCGAAGACUAUUUUACAAAAAAACAAAUUGAGAGAUUUGUAGCACUUCCAGUUGUGUUUGAAAAUCCACCACCGCAAACCACUGCUGGGUUACAACUAAUAAAACAAUACAAAAGCAUAAAUAUAUAUAAAAAAGAAAACAUUCAAAAAUAUACUUUUCCAUGCACAUUAUAUACUGGAACCCAGAAAUAUCUCUGCCAAGGAUCAGGAGUGAACAUUAUUUUUAAUAGGGCAACCUGUCCGAUUUAGACCACAUCAAGAAAAUGUCUUGAGUUUGGUUAAGUUUUUCAAAACGCUAAAGAGGUUAGUUUUCUUCUGUGACAAAAAUGAUAAAAUAAAAGUGAUGAAUUGCAAUUUGAAACUCCCAUCUCAACAACAGAGAUGGGAGUUGUUGUUUAGUCAAAUUCAUAAUCAGGAGUUAGAAUACGUGGACCUGGGAUUAUUGUACACGUGACAUUCUACAUAACAUUGGCGAAUCAGCCCCCACAGAGCAUGUCCGUGUGGAGCUAGCUAACAAACGGUCGGGACUUAAGCUUUAGGAAUGUUAGCGGGUGUCGGGGAUAUUAUUGAUUCUCAACGGAUUCUCGACCUCAACCGUCCUACAUUUUGAUUUUAACUGACGAAAAAAAUCAAUCGCUAUCCAAAAAACUGUCAGGGAUGUCCGGGAAACAUCUAACUGGGUCUGUCAAAUCCUUUAGUCCAUCAGACCUACACAUAACCAUGAGCGCUGAUCAGCGAUGGCAGAAUAGCAGGCUUGCCGACCGCGAGGAUGUCAGAUGGGAAAACCUUCAUAGUACCAAAGUGCUUCUUCUUCUUCUUCUUCUGCUUCUCGUACAGCUUCCACAUGUCCAGGAGGUGAAUUUACAGUGAAACCUGUUUUUGAGGCCAACUCCAUCUCCCUCCAGGAGGCUGGAGGGAGAUAAAGAGAGAGUACUGCGGGUGUGGCCUCCGUUCCUCAGCGGGCCGGGUUCACGUCAUGGUUCUGGUUCUGGUUGAGAUUGUUGUGGAGGUUGAGCAGUGCCUGCUGACGGUUGUGUUGUCGGUGCAGGCGGACCGCGUUGGAGUCGGGGAUCUCCGCGGCUUCGAAGGUGCUGACCACAAGGGGCAUGAACUGGCGGAAGAUGCUGACGCUGCCGUGCCAGAAGGUGGGCUGGGGCAUGCGGCCGGCGAUGACCCAGCCACGGGUGGCCGGGUCGUAGGCCUCCACCACGUCCGACAGCUCGAAGGUGUUGUCGUAGCCGCCUGACACGUAGAGCUUCCCUCCUAGUACCGCUACGCUGCCACCGACGUGCACCUGGAAGGAAUAGAGUACAGAGAUAGAUUGAGUUAGGGAUUUUUCAUUCAAUAUCCGAAAUAAUGAACGGUGUUCUCUUGACAAGAAAAAAGGUCACAUUUAGCUAUGAUAAAAAAUGGGCUGGAGACAGUGAGCUAUAGAUCAUUCAAUAGUUAUAACAGAUUGCUCCCAAGUAAUAUGUGGCUUUGGUCAGAAGUUGUGUCAUAUCAUGAGAGGACAUUUCAGGUUAACCUGAUAAAGGAGACACAAUAAUAUCAACAUUGAUACCUGGUUCAUUGGGCUGAUCUUGUCCCAUUCGUUCUUUUUUGGAUUGAAAACGUCCACCUCAGCAGAGUCAUCCCUGGAUAAAACACACAUUUAAAAAGAGAACAUUUAACAAAAAUAUAACUUUUGACAUUGGUAGGUGAGUAUAACAGUAUAACAUCUAAUCCUGUGUAUUAAUAAAAUACCUAUAUAAAAAAUCUAUUUAACUUGAACUAGAACUUAUCUCCUAUAUUGACAUAUUUUCCAGCAUGCUCACAUCCUAUUUUACAUGAAAAAUACAACUGAUUAGAUCACUGAAGUAGGCUCCACAUUCCACUGUGAACGCCUUUUCGUUGUUAUUUAUCACUCUCCCGGUGUCACCGGUAGGGGGCGUGUCCCCAGUAG